AUGCGAUUCUACGUUUGUGCUGCCCUGUUUGCGGGCAUAUGCGCUGCUUUCCAGACUGUCUUGACGUCGGUGCAUGCACCACAAUACUCAAUUCGUGUACGCCGACAGAAUGACUCGGUUUGUGCAGCUCGCUCGCCCCAAUAUACCGGAUGGCUUGAUUUGACUGGCGGGCCCGGCGACUCCAGUAUGAUCGGUCUCUUCGAGGAGAUUGGGCCCUGCCGAAUCAACGAGUUUGGAAAUGGAACAGACUACAAUCCCUGGGGCUGGUCGCGGAACUCGUCUCUGCUCUUCGUGGACCAGCCUGUGGAUACUGGAUUCUCCUAUAUCGACGACGGUUACGAACUGCCCAGCGACUCACAGGAGGCAGCAAUUGACAUGCACCGUUUUCUGCAGCUGUUUAUCACGGAGUUUUUCCCUGAAAGGGAACAUGUCCCUGUGCACCUGGCGGGCGAGUCCUAG